UGCCGCUCUAGUAAGCCACACAAUGAUGUCAGCCAGCACCAAGAUGAGAAGCAGAAAGCAAAGGCAGAGACCUACAGAUAGCCCCAGUACAAGGAUGGAACUGAGAAAACGAUGCCGAAGAACGACAAGUAACCAACAGCAAGUGGAAGAAAGCUACAGAUAUGGAAAGAAGGCAGCAACAGAAUAUCAGUUUCUCCACCAAGAAGAAUGUUUAUUCUUAACAGAGGCCAAUGAAGUAGUGAAGUUUGAUGUGAAUGGAAUCUCUCUCUCUAGACUCCAGAAAAAAAAUGAUAUCAGAUGGAUGACUACUUGGGUCCAUUACUUCCGUGUUCAAGGCCCAGGUUGUGGCAGGUUUCUAGUUACUUUUAGCCAAGUGUCCGAUGAACAAAACAAAUUGCUGGUGCUGACCAAAGACAUUGACCGCAAGCAACUGAAGGUGUUUUCAUGUGAUAUGCCGAAUAAGCCACAUACUAAGGGCAAAAGGUUUGAUAUCACUAAGCUAAAUGCAGAUGAUCUAAAAUGUCAUCUUUUCUUCAUGGAUAAAGAAAAAAAUGGAGAAGUGGUACAGUUUAAAUGCCCCGAAGAUACAACACACUAUAUUCAUGCGAGUCGGACACUGUUUCUAAAGUACAGAGACACAGAUGUGACGGAUGGAUCAAUAUUCCGCUUCAGGCUCCGCAAAGCUGUCCAACCAUGAAAGUUUGCGACUGCAUAUGUUCAACUAAGAGAAGGAAAGAUCCCACAUUAUACUGCCUGUUUUUUGUAACUCUGUGUUUGAAAUAACCAAGUAUAGUACUGUAUUUAUUCAAUUUGAUGUAGAAUGACAAUUUGUUGUUCUGUCGUUUGGUGCACUUAAUUACUUUCUAAUACAUUUAAAGAAUUGGGACUAGUAUAUCUUAUCUCUUUAUGCUGAUUAAGAUCCUCUUAUUGUUUUCCUUUGCUGUGCAAGAUAGAAUCUGGUAACAGCUAGGAGCCUUUAUUGUAAUGGCCAAGGUUCUCCUCCCUAAGGAGAUCAGAAAUACUGUAGCUCUUCCAUUACGGCCCUCUGAAAUGACUGCAACGCUAACUUUCUCUGGAAGCUAUUUGAAAGCUGCAUAAAAUUUGAUGAAAGAUUUGUCUUAAUUUUUGCUGGCUACUGAUUUUGUUUGCCUUCUUGAAUUUAACUGUUUUUAUUUUUUUAUUUUUAUACAACCUGUAUUGUAGUUGUAGAUCUCUAAUGGAAAGGUUGAAUGUACAUAUUUUCAAUAAAAGUAGUUUA